AUGUCUGGACCUACCUCGUCGUCGGUUUAUGAGUCUCUUUUUCAGGCUUCAUCCAUCGACCUCAUUGUUCCUGAGACGUCUUCGUUCGACCCUUCUCCUGAUGAUGACGAUCUGUCCAGCUGGUGGACCGGUGUCGAGAGAGGGGUGCCGAGGGACACCGCCUACUUCGACGAGAAGCUGGUGUACUUUGUGGCCAUGACACUUCCGGAUGACGCCCUCUUCUAUCUCCCAGGCUCGCCAGCGAUAGAUGCCAAAGAGCCUACUUCAGAGAUGCUAAGAUUUCUCGGAAGAUUCCAGCUGACAAUGACCGCUUCCUUCGUCCCUCAAAUCGACUCUCGCCGGCCGCCCGUUCCUUCCAAGACUCCCACAACCCUCUCAGCCCCACCUACAUCUGCCACCCUUGCCCCUUUAUCACACGGCAACAGCCUGUCAACUCCUCGUGCCAAUCCCAACGACCCGAACCUUCCGCCGGUCACGCCCAAUCCUUUCCCCGCGAUGUCUUCGGCGGAGGAGCAAUAUGCGAAUGUGGAGGGUGUUGUGGUCUGGGAAGGAGCUGUAGAGGAUCAGAUGGGGCCUUGGGAAGAAAAGAAGGCUGGUGGGAGUGGGGGGGAGCUUUACAAAGGGCAUGGGUGGGGCAGGCGAGUGUUCAAGACCGAUGGUGGAUGGGAGGUCAUCUGGAAGGGAGAAGUACCAGUUGCAUACGUUCGCACACCUGUGGAGAAUCCCGUGCUUGCUCUGACAGCCUCCGUUACCCUGCGCGAACACAGCAGUCAAGCCAGGGCGCACCACCGCACAGGUCUCAGCCUCGACGCCGUUUCUAUACGCAGUGGUACAGAGACCAUCCGUACAGACGGCACAGACGAAUAUGGGUCCGACGAGGAUGAUGAUAUUGCCAGGAUGGAGGAGAUUGACCUUCUUGGCGGGUUGGCAGGAGACGAAGAGGUCAUGCCUGCUUCGCGUCUACCACCUUCGCUUAGGCAAGACAGCUCAAUACCGUCAGGACCUUUACCUUCGCUCAUGCCUCUAUCGGCCAUAACCCCCAACUCGGCGCCUUCUGUCAACAUACCCUCUACAGCUUCGUCGGCCCCUCAUCGCGAGCGUGCGCACCUCCCAGCAGCCCAUAAUAUCCCUACACUCUCGACCACCAUCCGCAAAUCAUUCCGCCGUAUCCUCACUCUCGCUCCAGGCUUACGAGUCAGGAUGCGCACGAUAUUCUUGCCGCAGCUCUUGCCUCUGGCUACGAACUCUGGAGAACAGGAUCUACAGAGCGAGCGACGGGUUGUGCUCUUGGUCGAAGUCGAGAAUAACCCCGAACCCAGUAAUGAGCACGGCUUUGAGAUAGCAAAUGUUGCUGUAGAAGUCGGCGGUAAGGGCUCAAAAGCCCUCACAAAGCUUAUUUGCCAGCCCGAGGGGCCUAAUGAAGCAGAUGUGUUUCCCCUCCGGAUGGGGUCUAUCGAGCAGUACAAUCUCCUCUAUGCUGUCGAGAUCACGGGUGAAAGAACACGCGACGACGCUGUGGAAGAAGCCGUGGCCAGAGGUCUUGGUCGAGGGGAUGAGACAAGACCAGUUUCCAUAACUGUGAUCGGUCGUCCGUUCCGACGGCAAGAGGAAGAGGGAGAGUACAAUUACCCGACAGGGACUUUCCAUUCACGGUGGAACUGUACGCUCGACCUCACUCAGUUCUACGCUUCCCAGCCAUACACUCUUCCCCGCCCAUCUCACCCCUCGUCCCUUCCCCAGCCAAGUGCCCCAAAGAGACGUCCACCCAAUCUACAACUCGUGCCCAUAUCUUCGGGUGCCAUCGUCGGGGAUAAGCGGUAUAGUCUCUCCAGCCUGCUUUCCAGCUCGAAAGAAAGGGAGAAGGAGCUGCAGGCACAGCAAAAGAAUAGGGCGAUGAUGCCUAGCCAAGUCAUGCAGAAUCGACGGGUAGCAUCGCAAGCACGGAUAGUAUCUGCAAGCGGGUCGAGUGACUAUGGCCUAUUGCUGUCUCUAAGAGUCCUUCCUCAGACAGGCCCCGCAUCGCCGACUUGGCCGGCUACUUCGCCGCUCGAGACAAUACAACCGCUGAAGCCAUUCUCCUUGGAGGUAUUCGUGCAUAACAGGACCGAUCAAGUGCGACGAUUUAAGCUUAGUGUACCGCCCAGGGAAGAUGGCAGUAGAUGGGAAGGGCGAGUGAGAGAUAUCUGGGAGAGGAGAAAGAAGCGAGUGGAUGGGUACUGGGGCAGUGAUGAAACUCUGUUAAAUACAGCUCUCUCAUCAUAUACGGCCUCUGCUCCCGCGCUCAUACCUCUUGAAGACGAUGUCCGUUGUGGACCGUUGCUUCCAGGGGCGAGUCUAGCGGCAAGAAUACGAUUCUUGCCCUUGAGAGAAGGUGUGCACAAGAUCGAGAGGCUGAGAGUCACUGGUGUAGGCGAUGAUAUUGACUGGAUGAUGAGUCCGGUCAUAGAGGUGGUUGUUGGGGACGGGGUCGACACGUUCUGUUGA